GAUCUCCUGGUCCUGCUGACCCACACCAGACAAAGGAAACAACCAAACAAAAACUCCAAAAUGGUCAAAUGGUCAGACUUCGAGCGUGCCGCCAUCCAGGACAUCUUUUCCAAGAUUGAUUAUGAUGUUGUUGGCCGUGCAGCUCUCUCCAGGUGUCUGGUUGUCUACCCCUGGACUCAGAGGUACUUUGGCAGCUUUGGAAACCUCUACAAUGCUGCGGCCAUAACAUCAAACCCCAAAGUGGCGGCUCACGGAAAGGUCAUCAUGGAAGGUCUGGAGAAAGCUGUGAAGAACAUGGACGACAUUAAGACCACAUACAAAGACCUGAGCGUGCUGCACUCUGAGAAACUGCAAGUGGACCCCGACAACUUCAACCUCCUGGCAGACUGCCUGACCAUUGUUGUAGCUGGUCAGAUAGGGGCAGCCUUCACCCCUGAAGUCCAUGGAGCUCUCCAGAAGUUCCUGGCCGUGGUGGUGGCCUCUCUGAGGAAGCAGUACCACUAGAGAGCAUCAGCCAGGACGCUCUCAAGAUCUGUUUCUUCUCAUUUUUAGAAGGAGGAGGCUGUGAAUGAUUAGUUAACUAAAUAAAUAAAUUAGUACAUUUACAAAUUC